UAAGUUUGACUUUAUUAGAGUUUUGGGUCUUUGUCCUUUCCGGCUUCGAAUCAAAAAAUUGAAAUUGAAACAAUCUUGUUCUACAAGCACUACUUGUCCUGCUCUGCUUCCCUCCUCGUCUUCUCAGAUAUGAUCCCCUACUAGCUCCGCUUCAAUAUACAAUUCUACCCAUUCAUCAUUCAUGGCGGACUUGGUCCAGGAGCAUUGCAUAACCCCAAUCAAUGAAAAUUCUGAGGUAAUUUGUUGGGGCUGUGGGUUGCGGCUUUUAAUUCCGUCUCACUCACCUGUUUUCAAGUGUGGAUGGUGUGGAGCUGUAACAAAUCAGAAUGCACGAAAACGUGACGACGAGUACCUUCUGUUGAGACGAUGGCGAGAUCGUUGCUUUGUUUGUGUUCUCCUCUUGUUUAUGACCUUUAUUAUAUGUGGUGGGGUGUGGGCAGUAUACCCUGUAGUUUUCUCCAUCAGCUAUUCCAGUGGUAUAUUCCAUUCCAUCAUUACAUUUAUCCUGUCUGUAACUACUAUUUAUACAUUAUGUUUCGCGGCAUUUGGCUGUGCUGGCACACCUCCAAUGGUACUAUGGGGAAGCUACCCUACUGUUGGGAAAGAUCACCUUGAGAAUUAUACAUUCUGUCUCUACUGCUCAAAGCCAAAGUCACCUAGAGCACAUCACUGCCGUUCUUGUGGAAAGUGCAUACUAGACAUGGAUCAUCACUGUCCAUUUAUAGGGAAUUGUGUUGGUGCAGCGAAUCACCGAUACUUCAUUGCCUUCCUCAUUUCAGCCGUCAUCAGUAUGAUCUACGUCACUUUCAUGUCUACGUAUGCAGGUCUUUAUGUCUGGCCACCAUUAUCAUACAGAGCCUUCGGACGCAUUCAUGGCUACAGCAGCAAUAUGGCUUCUACUGCUCUCAAAGAAGUUAUGCUUGCUUUGUUAAGAUCUGCAGCGUUGCUCUCUGCUAGAGGGCUCAUUCUUGUAUAUCUUUUUGUUUCGAGUGUUUCAGUGGAGAUCGGGUUGAGCAUUCUUUUAUGGCAACAGCUCUGUUAUAUUUACGAGGGUAAGACCUACUUGAAUAGUUUAAGUUCACAUAGAAACAAUGAUAUUGAAGAGAAAGGUUGCCAAAACAUUUGGCGUUUCUUCGGUUGCCCUCAUUCAUUUUCAAGAAUCUUACCUAGUUUUCGGAAGAAGAUACUCAAGAAGAGGUGAAAGCCAUAUGUAUAAUGUAUUUAACUCAUAAUUAUGGUAUCAUUUAACUGUAGCAUUUGAUUUAGUUCUACUGAACAAAUAAAUGAGAAUGGAAAAGAAAAAAAGAUAGAACAAUUUUUUGUGUGGA